AUGGGACUCGAAUCAGGCGACGCGAAGAUGGCAGAUCUCAUGCAGACUGUCCUGAGCACCGCCUCGGCGGAUCAAGCGAAGGUCGCCAAGGAGAUCUGCGACCUUAUCAAGAGCAACGGCGUCAAGCUAUGCGAGUCGCACAACCUGUUCGCGAGGAUCGCACAAGGGCUCGACGACACGUCUACACCCGUUGUGAAGGAGGGAGCGUUGGUGCUUGUACGCAAGCUCGCGGAGACAGUCGGCGCUCCUCUGGAGGCGCAACUGGUUGCGCUUCUCCCCACACUGCUUCUCCGAGUGGGGGACAAAGGGCCCGCCGGGGGUAACAAGUCCGCGCCUGCGGGGAGCAAAGCUGCGCCUGUGGGGAACAAAGUCGCGGCGAACAAGGUCCUGGGCGGGCCAGCAGUGAGCAAAGUUCUGGGCGCACCCGCAGCGAACAAGGUUCUGGGCGCACCAGCGGCGAACAAGGUUUUGGGCGGCCCGGCGGCGAACAAGGUCCUGGGCGGCCCGGCGGCGAACAAGGUCUUGGGCGGCCCGGCCGCGAACAAGGUUCUGGGCGCGCCGGCCGCUGGGGGGAAGGGUCUGGCGGUCUUGAACAAAGCCGCGGGUCCCGUUCUGCUGAAUAAGGCUGCUGGCCCGGUCUUGCUGAACAAAGCCGCUGCGCCCGCAGCGAACGGCGCUGCGCCCGCGGGUGCACCAGAGGCGGGUACGGCCGCGCCGGCGGCGGAGAGUGCAGUGUACGAAUCGGUGGGAGUUCCGCUGGCGGCGGAAGCUGCUGCGAAGGCGGUGGUGGGAAUGAUCUGCCCCCAUGCCGUCCCUCUCGUGCUGCCAGUGCUGGUGGAGGGCGCGCGCAACCACAAGAGCUGGAAGACGCAGGAGGCGGCGCUUCUGCUGGUGGGUCACCUGGCUCUCAACGGGCCCCGCCAGGUGGCAGCCGCGCUCCACGUCAUCGUGCCUCUGCUGUCCGAGUACAUGAUUGAAGGCAAAGCGCAGGUAAUGAAGGCGGCAGCAGCGUCCAUGCUGCAGUGCGCGGGCACAAUCGGCAACCGCGACAUUGAAGCAGCAGUGCCGUCGCUAGUGGACGCCAUUCUGCACCCCACGCACGUGCCCGAGUGCGUCAACCGCCUCUCAGGCAUCACGUUCGUGCAGCCCGUGCUGUCGCCCGCGCUCGCCAUCAUGACGCCCGUGCUCGUGCGCGGCAUGAAGGAGCGCGCCGCGCUCGUCAAGCGCAAGACCGUCGUGGUUAUUGAGAACGUGCUGCGAUUGGUGGAGGAGCCGCGGGAGCUCGGGCCGUUCCUGCCGAUGCUGAUGCCGGGCGUGGAGCGGGUGAGUGUGGAGGUCGCGGAUCCGGAGUGCAGGCAGACGGCGGGCAGGGUGCUGCUGACUCUGCAGGGAAUGAAAGAGGAGGUGGAUUCUCACCACAAGGAUGCUAGCGGCAGUGGGGAUGUGUGUGCCGCUGCCUUGGCCAUGGCGGAAGCUGCUGCUGCGGCGAAGAAGCGCGGCAGUGGGGGCGGUGCUUCUGGUAAUGGUAGUCCUGGGGCUGGGGCGGGUGCUGCUGAUGCAGCAGGGUCGUUGCUAGAGAGGCACGCAGCGAACGCGGUGGUGCUGCUGGGCUUCUUAAGGAAUCUGAUAGCAUCGGGGGCGAGGGAGGAGGUGGAGAAGGGCGGCAUGCUGGUGCAAACCCUAGAGUAUGUCGUCCGCAUGUGCACCGUCCUCGCAGCCGGCAAGCGUUUCGAGGAAUCCGACUGGGUCCGCUGCGUCGUCCCGAGCCUCGAGCCGUACCUGUCCCCCUGGGGCGAGGACACCGAGGCUGUGGCUCGGCAGUUCUGCAAGCAGGCUCGGGAGGCGCACAAGGCAGCGCGGAGCAACGACGGGUCGGGGGCAGAGGAUGGGGAGGACGAGGGGGAGGACCUGUGCGACUGUGAGUUCUCCCUCGGGUACGGAGGAAAAAUCCUCCUCUCCGCUACCCGCCUGUGGCUGAAGCGUGGUCGCCGGUACGGUCUCUGCGGGCACAACGGAUGCGGAAAAUCCACUCUCAUGCGCGCCAUUGCCAACGGGAAACUCGACGGGUUCCCCUCAGCCGACGUGCUGAGGACAGUGUAUGUGGAGCAUGACUUGGACAGCAGUGUGGUGGAUAGGAGUCCUGUAGAGUAUCUGCUAGAGGAGGAGGCGUUGAAGGGAAAGGUGGACGAGGCGGAGGUGGUGAGGGAGCUGGGCAAGAUGGGGUUUGGGGAGGACCGGCAGCGGCAGCCCAUCACCGCGCUGUCGGGCGGAUGGAAGAUGAAGCUCGCGCUGGCUAGAGCCAUGCUCAUUGGGGCGGACAUAUUGCUGCUCGCCAACGAGCCGCAUGGACAGGAGAGCUGUGCUCAUUAUUUCCUCGCCCCCAUGCUCCUCCCCUCUUCCCCCAUUCCCUCGUCCGCUGCCCUCCCCCGCUCGCCUCCAACAACAGAUGAGCCGACGAACCACAUGGACACGACGAACGUGGAGUGGCUGCAGCGCUACCUGACGGGGCUCAAAUGGAAGGGCAUUUCUGAGUACGAGCCGACGAACCACAUGGACACGACGAACGUGGAGUGGCUGCAGCGCUACCUGACAGGGCUCAAGACGCUGUCGUGCCUCAUCGUGUCGCACGACAGUGGCUUCCUGGACGCCGUGUGCACUGACAUCAUCCACUACGAGAAGCGCAAGUUGAAACACUACCGGGGGAACCUCUCCGCGUUCGUGAAGGUGAACCCAGCGGGUCGUGUGUACUACGACCUGGCAGCGGCGCCGUUCAAGUACAAGCUGCCGACGCCGGGGCAGCUGGACGGCAUUCGGCGCAAGGAGUCGCCCAUCCUGAAGCUCACCAACGUCUCCUUCACCUACCCCGAGGCACCGGCUCCCGCGCUCUCCAACGUGCACGUGCAGUGCUCCCUGGGUAGUCGUGUGGCUGUGGUGGGCGUGAACGGCGCUGGCAAGUCGACGCUUAUCAAGCUGAUCACUGGAGAGAGCAAGCCCACGGCUGGUACAAUCUGGCGGCAUCCAAACCUGGGAAUGGCGUAUGUCGCGCAGCACGCGUUCCACCACGUGGAGCAGCACCUAGACAAGUCGCCCAACGAGUACAUCCGCUGGCGCUUUGCACGUGGGGAGGACCGGGAGGAGCUGAACAAGGUGUUUCGCAAGAUAGGCAAGGAGGAGGCGAAGAGCAUGGAGGAGCUCAUCAUGCACAACGGGCAGCGCAAGCAGGUGGAGCAGCUGCUGUCGCGCCGCAAGUCCAAGAAGAGUUAUGAAUACGAGGUCAAGUGGGUGGGGUUGAAGCCGGUGUUCAACAGCUGGCUGUCAAGGGAGCUGUUGGAGGACCUGGGCUUUGAGAAGCUCGUGCACGACGUGGACGCCAAGGAGGUGGCGCGCCUGGGCGUGUACGGCCGCCCCCUCACCAUUGCGGGUGUGCAGGAGCACUUUGAUAACUUCGGGCUGGAUGCUGAGUUUGGCACGUACGGCCAGAUCAAGAACCUCUCAGGUGGGCAGAAGGUGAAGGUGGUGUUGGCAGCAGCCAUGUGGAGCAACCCGCACAUGAUAGUGUUGGACGAGCCCACCAAUUACCUUGAUAGAGACUCUCUCGCUGCGCUUGUCGGCGCCAUCAACGACUAUGAGGGCGCCGUGGUGGUCAUUUCUCACAACAAGGAGUUUUUGGCGUCGCUCACCAACGAGACGUGGACUGUGGAAAACAAGAUGGUUAUUGCCCCUGGUAAUCCUGCGUAUGAGAAGGCGUUGAAGACCAGUGGAAAAAAGAAAUAG